AUGGAUGAAGAGAACAUUUUGUUCUAUGAAGGAAAUAAUGUGAGCAUGAUAGAGAAGCACUAUCAGAAUUCUUUGGAGAAGGAUAUACAAGAAUUAAUAAUUUUUUAUGGAAUGAAAUUAAUGAAAAAGAACAAAGCAAAGAACCAGUUAUAUAAAUGGAGUCUAUAUGAAAAUAUUUUAAAGGCAUCAAUUGAAUUAAAUUUAAAUGAAUUUAUAGAUAUAUGUUUUAACAAGUUAAAAGAAAAAUUCGGUAAAAUAGAUGGGAAAAAAUUAAAUAUAUUAAAAGGAAUGAUAUGUGAAUGUACAAAUAAAAAUGAAGAAGCAUUAAAUAUUUAUAAGAAUUUUCUUAAAAAAGAUCCUUGUGAUAUUUUGAUAAGAGCAAGAAUUAUGAAUUUAAAAAAAAUAGUAGAAAAAGAUAUAAAUAAAGUUAUACAACUAUUAAAUGACCACUUAAAAGAGUUUCCGGUAGAUAUAGAAUCAUGGCAUGAAUUAGGGGAAAUAUAUAUAAUAAAUUGUUUAUAUAGUUAUGCCAUAUUUUGUUUCGAAGAAAUUUUAUUACACAUUCCUACGAAUUUAUAUUAUAUAUUAACAUGUGCAGAAUUACAUUAUACAAUUAAUCAAUUAGAAUUAAGUAGCAAGUAUUUUUGCUUAGCUAUUAAAUUACAAAGUAAUAAUUUAAGAGGAUUAUGGGGCAUUAUAAUUCUUAAUAUAACAAGAUAUUUAAAUAGAAAACCGAAAUUAUUAAAUGAAAAUGUCGACAUCAUCCUAACAAUACACUGUAUUAAUAGGUUAUAUAGUUUAUAUAGUGAAAUAAAGGUAGACCUUAUAUACAAAAAUACUAUUCUUGAUUAUUUGAAUGAGUUAAGAGACAUGCUUAAGUGA